GCCAUAUUGUCUGCUGAAGCUGUCGCUGGAGCUGCUGCCGCUGCCGCCGCCAAGUCUGAGCGAGCGGAGCCGCGAUGGAGUCUCACUCCAUCGGGGCACAUAGAAUACAGUGGCAUCAUCACAUCUCACUGCAACCUCAGACUCCUGGGCUCAGAGAUCCUCCUGCCUCCUCCUGUGUAGCUGGGACUACAGAGACCAUGGCGAGCCCAGGGAAAGACAAUUAUCGAAUGAAGAGCUAUAAGAACAAUGCCCUAAACCCUGAGGAGAUGAGGCGAAGAAGAGAGGAAGAGGGCAUUCAGCUCCGGAAGCAGAAGCGUGAGCAACAACUUUUUAAACGGAGAAAUGUGGAGCUGAUUAAUGAAGAGGCUGCCAUGUUUGAUAGUAUCCUCAUGGACUCCUAUGUGAGCUCCACCACUGGGGAGAGUGUGAUCACAAGAGAGAUGGUGGAGAUGCUCUUUUCUGAUGAUUCUGACCUGCAGUUAGCAACCACACAGAAAUUUCGGAAACUGCUCUCUAAAGAGCCUAGUCCUCCAAUAGAUGAAGUUAUCAAUACUCCAGGAGUGGUAGAUCGGUUUGUGGAGUUUUUGAAGAGAAAUGAGAAUUGUACUUUACAGUUUGAAGCUGCCUGGGCUCUAACAAACAUUGCCUCUGGAACCUCUCAGCAGACCAAAAUUGUCAUUGAUGCAGGCGCCGUCCCCAUCUUUAUAGAGCUGCUUAACUCAGACUUUGAGGAUGUACAGGAACAGGCAGUCUGGGCACUGGGAAACAUAGCUGGAGACAGCUCCGCUUGCCGAGAUUAUGUCUUGAACUGUUCCAUCCUUAAUCCUUUGUUAACACUCCUUACCAAGUCCACACGACUGACAAUGACACGGAAUGCAGUCUGGGCCCUGUCAAACCUCUGCCGAGGGAAGAACCCACCCCCAGAGUUUGCAAAGGUCUCUCCUUGUUUGCCAGUACUAUCUCGCCUACUCUUCAGCAGUGAUUCAGACUUGCUGGCAGAUGCUUGCUGGGCCCUCUCUUAUCUGUCUGAUGGCCCAAAUGAGAAGAUCCAGGCGGUCAUAGACUCUGGAGUCUGCCGGAGAUUGGUAGAGCUGCUAAUGCACAAUGAUUAUAAAGUGGCUUCCCCUGCCCUGAGAGCCGUGGGUAAUAUCGUCACUGGGGAUGACAUCCAGACCCAGGUAAUUCUAAACUGUUCAGCCCUCCCUUGCCUUCUUCACUUGUUGAGCAGCCCCAAGGAGUCAAUCCGGAAGGAAGCUUGCUGGACCAUUUCAAAUAUCACAGCUGGCAACAGGGCUCAAAUACAGGCUGUUAUAGAUGCAAAUAUCUUCCCUGUGUUGAUCGAAAUCCUUCAGAAAGCAGAGUUCCGUACAAGGAAAGAGGCAGCCUGGGCCAUCACGAAUGCCACAUCAGGAGGAACUCCUGAGCAGAUCAGGUACCUGGUCUCACUGGGCUGCAUCAAACCCCUGUGUGAUUUGCUGACUGUCAUGGAUUCAAAGAUUGUGCAAGUGGCCCUCAAUGGACUGGAGAACAUCCUGCGGCUUGGAGAGCAAGAAGGCAAGCGCAGUGGCUCAGGGGUUAAUCCCUAUUGUGGCCUCAUCGAGGAAGCCUAUGGCUUGGAUAAAAUUGAAUUUCUCCAGAGCCACGAGAACCAGGAGAUAUACCAGAAGGCCUUUGACCUCAUCGAGCACUACUUUGGUGUAGAAGACGAUGAUAGCAGCCUGGCUCCCCAAGUGGAUGAAACACAACAACAGUUCAUCUUCCAACAGCCUGAGGCCCCCAUGGAGGGUUUCCAGCUAUAAUAUCUGCCUCCGGGGAGGGGAGGGGAUGGGAAGCACCACCAACCAGCAGAAGAGCAGCCCCUCUGGUGGGCGGAAAACCAGCUGCCCCACCAUCAGCCACCACACACCUCUGCUGCCCUGGAGACUGUGCUCUUGACCUGCUCCGCCCCCUUCCCUGGAGGGCAUACCCUCUGGACAGACAGAACCAUCUGAGGCUCACAUUUGGGUUUUGUGACAAGAAGGGGACGUGUUGGGUUUUUCUUCCUUACACUUUAUUUUGGCUGCACACAUGUCUUUAACCCAGGAGCCCAGGGGUAGACGAAGGAGGACUAAGGUAAUCAAUUUGCACCUUUUUUUAUUUUUAUUUUUUCUUUUUUUCUUUAGUGGUGACUUACUUCCCUUUUAUCUUUUUCAUCCUUCCCAGUCGUCUGCCCUGAUCUGUAUAACUCUUAUCUCGGGUACUUGAGCAGAUGGAAUAUUCCAGAGGUGGGAGGUGGGAGGGGAAGGAAGAAAUCCAAAACAAAGUAUUCUUGCUCUGACAGAAUAUUAAUCUUGUAUGCUUGGAUUGAGUUAUUUAAUUUUUUUUUUUUUUUUUUUUUUGCACAUUUUUCUUGUAUUAAGAUUGCUCUUCUCAAGAGCCAUGAGUUCAUGGUUUAGGAAUCCCAGCUGCCAGCAUUGCCUGAGACUAGGGGCAGAUGGGGAGGCUGCCAUGAAAUAGGCCCCUCUCUCCCUCUAACCCCUUGCCCAGAUCUCUUUAGUUUGGGAGAUCCCCCUAACUUUACUAGGGCAAGUAUACCAGUGGGAGUGGAGGGGAGGGAGGAGUAUAGGCCUUCAGACAGGGCUUCCCACAUGUAGCUACUGAUCCCCUGUUUCCUACCCACCUUCCAAAUGGUGCGACCCAACUUCAUUUGUUUACUUGAAAAUUCCCCUCAGGGUUGAAUGAACCUCUGAGGUGGCUGUAUUCUCCUAAGCUCAAGACAGGGGCUGUGGUCCUUCCUUUCUCCUGAGGAGAAAGUCCUUGUUCUGGUGACCUAUAAAUUGCAGAGGAGGCUGGAGUGAGAGUGUCAAUGUAUUGGGAUAGUCAGGGAUCCUUGCCUUUGGCCUUUCUUCUUCUUCCUCUUCCAUAGUUGGAUCAUGUAUAUUUUACUUCCAAAGGAGAGAAUGUCAAAAGUUCUGUAUUUUUUAUAUUCUAUAUAUAUUAGGUAGGUCAAUCUUAAUUGGUCUCAAGAGGAAGAACUAUCUGUAAGUAGGAUACUGUGUGGAAGAGCAAAAACAAAUGUGGAAGCUCCCUUGCUCAGGAGGCCUGAGUGUGGUCCAUUUCUUUUCUGCUUGGAUUCUGGACUACCACCUGGGGCCAACUCUCAGUUCUGGAGCCUUUAUAAAGCAGGUCAGCAUGGUCAGAUUGCCCUAGCACCUGAAAGGAGCAACAAUGGCCUCAGGGCCUAUCCACGUUGACCACUCUAGUCGUUAACUGCUGCAGGAAACCCAGAAAGUAGUUUGUCUUCUCAAAUUCAGUCUCAAUACAUAUAAGUUAUCACACAUGGUGGUGUUUCCUAUUAUCCCAGAAAUUUAGCAGCCUGAAUACCUUUGUGAGAGCUAUUGAUACCCUCCCUGUUAGGGAUCCUUGUACCUGGUUUCAGUUUUCUCUUCUUGGUGACAGUUAUAAUCCAGAUGUCUUUUCCUUCUCUUUGAGUAAAGCUAGUGCAGUGCCUAUGCCUCUGGAUGGAUUACAUGUUCUGAUAAAGCCCCGUUGUUAGACAUGGGAGAGGAGGAAGUGUCAGAUAAGUGUAGACCAACUGUGGAGCUGAAGGCACAAUCCCGCUCCUGCCUCCCCUCUGUGGUGUCCUGCUCCAACCUGAACUUUUCCUCCCCUAGAAACAAUGCCAUUCUGGCUCCCAUUCCUACACAUUCCCUUCUGGCUCAGGUGAAAUCCAUGCCCCUCUUAUAGAUCUAAACUUCAGUGCUUAUUUUGGCCAUUGGUCUUGAAUUUACUCUCCCCUGGUGUUGAAGUUGAACUCCAAAGCCAUUUUCUGAGGAAGUUGGUUUAGAGCUGGCAGCUAUCACUGAAAAAUCACACCAAUGUUGGACUGCUUUGGUUAGUCAGAUGCUCCUCAAAGCUUGGGAAUGAUGGCUACCAACCCCCAAUCUCCCAGGGAGUCAGGGAGCAGGACCUUUUUUUCACUUGACCUUCUACCUCCAUUACAAAACUAUUCUCUUUAUAGUUGAAAGAAAAGCUCUUAUCCACCGUCUCCCCAUCAUUCUUAUCCAAAGGGUAGUGCAAUUUACUAGGAUCUACUUUGUACAUUUCAGGCAAUAGUUAAAUCCCUGACAUUGGGGCCAAAUUCCCAGUGUGAGACAUACAAAUCCUACUUUCCCAACUAUUUCUCCAAAAUCUACUUUGGGUUCAGCUCUAGGUCUUGUACCAGAUGAAAGUUUUUGUUUGUUUGUUGUUUUUUUGUCAUCUGGCUGCUGUUUAAAGCCAUUUUUCUCUAAGGACUUCAAAGGUUAAAUUCUAUUGGGGGCACAAUGUGAAAACAGAUUUCUCAGAGAAAAGUUGCCUCUAGGAGCUUUCAUUUAUGUCUUCCCCAGACCAUGUUUUCCCAUUAACUUCCUCUAAUCCCUUUCAACCAACAAGUGAAGUUCUUCCAACUGACAGAGGCAGUACUAUCAUUUUUUAUACUUCUUCUCUUCGUUGGUCAUCUUUUGAAGCAAAUAUUUAUUUAGGCCAAGCUUCUGAGCCACUCUUCAUGGGCAGCCCCCAUCUGGACCCCACACCCUGGCCGAUGUGAGGUCAAAGGCUAAGAUCUCUGAUGCAGGUGGAGGUAUCUAGAUAUAGAUUAAGAGAAACAAGGAGUCUUUUUCUUAGUUGAUGUAUUCAAAUAUCGUUUUAAGCAGUGCCAGCUAUUUUUUAUAGCCAACCGCUCUAGGCAUUUUACCCCCAGUCUUCUCUAAUACUAACAGGUUCACUGUUCUUAGAAGUCUCCCUUCAAUUCCCAGCCUCCCAGUGGCUGCCUGGCCUUGAUGUUGGCUGCUGCAACCCUCUGACAGAACCACAUGGGUCCCACCCUCAACUGGCCAGUCUGGUUACUUGGGUCAGUGGACACAAAUGACACCUCCAAGGAAUAGGUGGUUGAUGACUUCAGUUGGGGCGGGAGGACCCUGGGGUUUGUUCCUUAUAUAGAACCUCUAGAUCUACUUUUUCUUUUUUUUUUUUGGCUGGGGACGGGUUUGAACCCACCACCUCCGGUAUAUGGGGCUGGCGCCCUAUUCCUUUGAGCCGCAGGCACCACCCCUAGAUCUACUUUUUCAACUCUCUGCCCUGGAAACCAUCUUUUAGGAGCUUUAUUUUUUCUUUUCUUUUUCUUUUUUUUGAGCUGAACUGCACUGAUUAUAGCUGCUAUGAUAUUUAGUUAAGGAAGAGGAAUAGAAGACUCAACACAGACUUUCUAUUUCUCUCAAGCCAAACCAGUUUAAAAAGAAAACUGUCUAUCAGAAUGAACUGUACUUCCAUUUUCUCAUGUCUACCUGCCUUUGCUCCCCACCUUAGAGUUGUACCUGUUUUUACCAAACUAAAAGGAAAGAAGGAAACCUAGCAAUACUAACCUCACCUCACAUUCCCCUCUUCUGAAGGCCCCAGCUUUUUUGUUCAGGCCUUCUCUCCUGCCACUUCUCUCCUAGACUCACUUAGUUUGGUAUCCAUUCUGAUACCCAUCCAGAAUCUAUUGGGUAUUCUUCAAUAGAUUCAUCUUAUGGCUUAGAUUCUAAGUUGAAGAUAGGAGGCCAGUUUUUCCAGGUCCCAGCACAUAGUCCAGGGAACCAGAAGGAAGAACAGGUUGGCUGGGGGUCUCAGGAAUAUUUGUACCUGCCUGCCUCCAUGGCAGCCUGGGGAAGGGUGCAGCACAUAGUGCACCAAGCCAUGGGAAACAUCUUCCAGAUAGUGCUAUCCUGGAAGUUAGUCAGUGUGAGACUGAGAGAUUGCUCCAAAUAAAUUUCUUCCACAGCCAUUUAGUACUGCACAUUCUAGACUAAACCAGCCUUUGUCCAGUAUUUUUUCUGUUGUAGCUUUUGCAUUCUUUUGUUACGCCAACAAGCUGAGAAUUUGCCCCUACUGAUAACCAUUAGGUGGGCACUAGCUGCCCUUUGGCCAAGGCCUUCAGAAAUGUUUCAGUCAUCCCAUUGUCUAUCUCCUAUCCCGAACCCCAGAUUAAGACCAUGGCAAGGGAAGAAUUUGAGAUUAAGAGCAACCAAAUCUCUUAAUUAAUUAAAGCUGUUAUUUUUCCUCUGAGAGGGCAUUUUGUUGCAGACAUAAAGCUGGCUAUGGGAGUUAGAAGAGGCAGCAUUAAAUUUUGGGCCCAGAACACCAUGGGAGAAAGGUUUGUGUGGUGUAUUUCAGUGGGCUUGGACCUAUCUAUCUUCUUCUGGACCAGCCAGAAGAGGACUGCGUUCCUGUAACAAUAUGCCAUGCCAUAAGCAAUGAAGGAAGUAAGCGCAGAGAUCCCAAGACUGGCUAGGAACCUCUGACAGAGGAUGUCCUUAAAGAGUUUACAUCUACAUGAACCUUCAUACUCUGGAGUUGGGUAAUGGCUUUUUCAGCCAGCUUUUGUGGGAGCUGCCUUUGAUUGACCUAUUCAACAAGGAAAGGGUAUAGGGUGCUAGCCACACCACAGACAAAAUGUCCUCUAAGAACAGCUUGGGUUUCCAGUUCUGGACCUUAGGAAGGUGAACUAAAUCCUCCUCCCUGGUUUUUCUUUCCAAAUUAAUUUGAUUUUAUUUUUCUAACAACUAUAAACUCUGGCUAUUUUCCAUGUUCUCAGGGCCCCUGGGUAGACAGACAAAGUUUGAUGAUUUCAGAGCAGACAUAGGCCAAGAAACCGUGACAUUGAGUGUGCUGAGUCCAGACAAAUGAUAUUUAUAUACACAUCCAAAUUUGAAGAGAAAAUGUAUUUCUUUAGGUUUGAAACACUGUAAUAGAUAUAAAGCAAAAAUAAAAACAUGUUGCAAAGUU